CGCAGCUGUGAGCGCAAAAUAAAUAGUUCCGCACACAGACCCAGAGACAAAAAAAAAAAAGUUCUCGUGCUGAGCUUGGACAGCACAGCACCCGGAGUACCUAGCUAACGUUACGGGGAGUGGGAGCACGUCAAAGACAGCUAACGUAAACGGGGCUUCAUCAAAUCUGGAGGUCCUUUUUUAACCCGAUAAGAUUUUGCGAGCCAAAAGCGGCGAGAGAAAUUGCGACUUGUAAUGGCCUCGGAAGAGCUUUAUGAGGUUGAGAGAAUUGUGGACAAACGGAAGAACAAGAAAGGAAAGAUUGAGUACCUGGUGCGCUGGAGGGGCUAUGGCUACGAGGGGGACACCUGGGAGCCCGAGACACACCUCUCUGCCUGUGUGGAGUUCAUUCACGAUUUUAAUCGGCAACACGGCGAAAGACAGAGAGACAGUACUUUACUGCGCUCCACUCGAAGCACUCCCAGCACGACCCACAGUUCGAGAAACAACGCCCGCAAACAGAUCUGCAGGCCUCAGCCACACAGUGGAGCAGGAAGCCAUGCUCUAGUAAAACCCGGGAAUGCCUCUUCCCCCACCGCAGCAGCUACGGCCAUCUCGAAACCUUUGCCACCACUUGACCCUGGCGUGGCACACACUAGAACGAAUAUGCAGCUUAACUUGAGCCAAAAGUACAGUGUUUCGGCCACCGGGGACAUUUGUAGACCUAGCUUCACAAGCGGGCCUGCGGCUUCUCCGGUGGGCACGGUGCGUCGGAGCAUGGACCUGGCGAAGUCCGGGAUCAAAAUCCUAGUACCCAAAAGCCCCAUGAGCAGCCGGCCGGACUCUGAGUCGUCGCCUAGCGAGGCGGCCCACUGUCUGGAGCAAGGGGGUCAGGAGCAGGACUCUGUGCCCCCAGAGGUAGCCCUUUUGGAAAAGCCUCCAGGGUUGUUGCUGGGGCCUGGGGAAGAAAGAGCGCGCAUGGGGACCCGGCCCAGGAUUCAAAGCCAAAGCCCAUUAAUUCCUCAGCAAGUCCCCAUCACCCCCGCAUCAAUACGCACACUCAAUGGGAAAGGUACAUCAACACUCAUGGAGGCUCUGGCGGCCAAUGAAACAGCUAGCCUGCAGAGUGCAGUGGCAGGAGUCACUGCAGUCUCCGGGGUGGCAGGGAAACGGCGCUUCGAGGAGCAGCGCUCAGUCUUCGACAAGCGCCUUCGGUUCAGCGUCCGGCAGACUGAGAGUGCCUACCGCUACAGGGACCUUGUCGUCAAGAAGCAGGAUGGCUUCACCCACAUCCUGCUCUCCACCAAGUCCUCGGAGAACAACUCACUUAAUCCUGACGUGAUGAAGGAGAUGCAGAGUGCCAUGGCCACGGCGGCGGCAGACGACAGCAAGCUGGUCCUGCUGAGCGCCGUGGGUAGCAUCUUCUGCUUCGGCCUGGACUUCAUCUACUUCAUUAGACUGCUCACCGACGACCGCAAGAAGGAGAGCAUCAAGAUGGCUGAGACCAUUAGGACAUUCGUGAACACAUUCAUCCAAUUCAAGAAGCCCAUCAUCGUAGCCGUGAAUGGACCGGCGGUGGGCCUCGGAGCCUCUAUCCUCCCGCUGUGUGACGUUGUCUGGGCCAACGAGAAAUCCUGGUUUCAGACGCCCUACACCACCUACGGACAGACACCCGACGCUUGCGCCUCCCUCACCUUCCCUCGCAUCAUGGGCGUGGCCUCGGCCAAUGAGAUGUUGCUGAGUGGGCGGAAGCUGACGGCCCAGGAGGCCUGUGCUAAAGGCCUUGUGUCCCAGGUGCUGUGGCCCGGGACUUUCACUCAGGAGGUGAUGGUUCGCAUUAGGGAGCUAGUCACUUGUAAUUCAGUUGUCCUGCGGGAGUCCAAAGCACUGGUGCGAAACACAAACCGGGCCGCCCUGGAGCAGGCCAAUGAACGUGAGUGCGAGGCGCUGAAGAGAGUGUGGGGCUCUUCGCAAGGGGUGGACUCCAUCCUCAAAUACCUGCAGAAGAAGAUUGAUGAGUUUUAAGGAAAGCAUGUAUUCCCCUACGUUUCCCAAAUAACCAGAAAAACAUGUGACACUAGCAGUGCAUGGCGUUCAAUCUGUAGCCUCUCAAUAUCCCACCAUCCCUCUUGCAUGUAUGAGAGUACAGUGCAUUCGGAAAGUAUUCAGACCCCUUGACCUUUUACACGUUUUGUUACGUUACAACCUUAUUCUAAAAUACAUCGAUUAAAAAAAAAUGAAUCCUCAAUCUACAAACAAUACCCCAUAAUGACAAAGCAAAAACUCGUUUAGAAAUUUUUGCACAUUUAUUACAAAUAAACUACUGAAAUAUCCCAUUUACGUAAGUAUUCAGACCCUUUACUCUACUUUGUUGAAGCACGUUUGGCAGCGAUUACAGCCUUGAGUCUUCUCUGGAGCAAGUUUUCAUUGAGGAUCUCUGUACUUUGCUCUGUCAAUAUUUCCCUCGAUCCUGACUGAUCUCCCAGUUCCUGCCGCGGAAAAACAUCCCCACACACCAUGCUUCACCAUAGGGAUGGUGCCAGGUUUCUUCCAGAUGUGAUGCUUGGAAUUCAGGCCAAAGAGUUCAACCUUGGUUUCAUCAGACCAGAGAAUAUUGUUUUUCGUGGUCUGAGAGUCUAGGUGCCUUUUAGCAAACUCCAUAGCAGGCUGUCGUGUGCCUUUCACUGAGGAGUGGCUUCUGUCUGGCCACUCUACCAUAAAGGUCUGAUUGGUGGAGUAGUGCAGUGAUGGCUGUCCUUCUGAAAGGUUCUCCCAGCUUCACAGAGGAACUGUGGAGCUCUGUCAGUGAACAUUGUGUUCUUGGUCACCUCCCUGACCAAGGCCCUUCUCUCCCGAUUGCUCAGGUUGGCCGGGCGGCCAGCUUUAGGAAGAGUCUUGGUGGUUCUAAACUUCUUCCAUUUUAAGAAUGAUGGCGGCCACUGUGUUCUUGGACCUUCAAUGGGUUCUCUGCUUCUCCGAGCUAGAGGCGUCACUACAGACCCUGGUUUGAUUCCAGGCUAUAUCACAACCGGCUGUGAUUGGGAGUCGCAUAGGGCAGCGCACAAUUGGUCCAGGUUUGGCCGGGGUAGGCAGACAUUGUAAAUAAGAAUGUAUUCUUAACUGACUUGCCUAGUUAAAAAGAAAAAAAAUGCUGCAGAAAUGUUUUGGUACCCUUCCCCAGAUCUGUGCCUAGACACAAUCCUGUCUGAGCUCAACAGACAAUUCCUUGGACCUCAUGGCUUGGCUUUUGCGCUGACAUGCACUGUCAACUGUAGUAGGACCUUUUAGAUAGACGGGUGUGCCUUUCCAAAUCAUGUCCAAUCGAGUGAACUUACAACCGGUGGACUCCAAGUUGUAGAAACAUCUCAAGGAUUAUCAAUGGAAACAGGAUGUUUCAAUGGAAACAGGAUGCACCUGAGCUCCAUUGAGUCUAAUAGCAAAGGGUCUGAAUACUUAUGUAAAUAAUCAGAUUUUUAUUUUGAAUAAAUUUCAACAUUUCUAAACCUGUUUUUGCUUCGUCAUUAUGGGGUAUUGUCGAUUGCUGAGAAACAUUUUAUUAAAUCCAUUUUUAGAAGAAGGCUGUAACAAAAUGUGGAAAGUCAAGGGGACUGAAUAUUUUCAGAAGGAACUGUAUGUAUGUGCACACAUUGAAGGGGACCAGCUAAAAAUAACAUUUGUAGACGUUCCUGCUAGACCUUUAAAUCCCGCCUUCCUAGCAUCCUGAUAACCUUGUGUUGCCCCUUUACCCAAUAACCCUGACUUACGAAAUACAAUUUCCCAUGCUGCAUUACAGGUUCAACUAAAUUGAAGGGAUUGGAGGAGGAGAAGACAUUGAAUACACAAUGUGUCUUACAUAGCAGGGUAUCUGUCCUACUCAGCUCGGGAUUGAUUUGGGUUGGAUGUUGUAUCAACAUGAUCAGCAUUUAUUCAUGACGUAACGAAAGAGCAAAUGUAAACAUUCAACAAAAACCCAAGCGACUUCCAUUGUGGAGCUUUGCACUAAGAUGUGAUGCUCUGAACUCAAUUAAGCUGUGUUGGAACUAACUCUUGGGAAAACAGUGUAGCCCAGUGGCUUAUUGGAUUCUCUACAUUAACUUUUUCUUUAGACUCCUGUAAGACUUUCCAUACAAAACACGACUUAUUAAGUUGAAUAGCGCCUAGGAUUCAAUCAAAGGCACGUUGUUGAUAAGCAUAGAGCACUUCACUUUUGAAGGUCAUUUACGCCUGACCUUCGAACGUCAGGGAAGUUUGUCAAGUGUAGUGCCUUAACAACGCGCCUUUUAAUUGAAUCCGGUCCAAAGUCUGUCUCAGACGAACUUUUAAAGCUCUCGACUGUAUUUAGGUUUGUCUAUAUAGUCUCUAGAUAUUUCACCCAGGUAGUCUUUUUAUUUAUCUUAUUUGGCUUUGGGGACGGUAUGUGCUACCAAACAGUUUCUAUGGUAAAUUAUUUUGUUUUUAAGUUAAGACUUAUUAGAAUAUUAUAAUUAAAUAUUCUGCAGCUUCUGAAUGAUUCCUUCCAUGAAACAUGCCCGCAAGGGAGAGACAAUUACAAGAUUCUAAUGCAAUAUUUGUAUGCAGUUGUGAUGAGGCUGGGGUACACAUUAAGGCUCUAGCUAAGUUCCAAAGCAGUGCCUUGUCCUUUACUUAUUUUUGCCAUGGCUUCACAAAUUGUGGGUUCUGAUCUGACGCGAUUAUCAGUGAGAAUAGCCUGUAAUGUUAUUGCAGUGAAAUCGGGCCAAUGCAGUGUGAUGUGAUUAGUUUAUGAAAACUAUACAACAAAAAAAAGGCACAUGUUUAAUAAAUACAUCAGGGAAAACAUGUCAUUUCUCAGUACCAUGAAUAUAGUACCAUAAAUACAUCAGGCACAUGCUUAUUACCCUGAUGUAUUUGUUAAACAUGUCUUGGCAUGUGAGCCUUUUGGAUAGUUAAUAUUCAUGGUACUGAUUUUAAAAUGGUGGAAAAUGUGUAAUUAUUUAUAUUGUCUUAAAGUAUAUGAAGUAUUUAAAUAUUUAAAGUGCAGCUGGUUUGGACAAAGUAGUUUGUUUUUGAGUCAUUGCUCAUGGUUUGUAAUUGCUGUUACUUCACAUUUUAAAAAAAUAUAUCUUCUUGGGUCAGUCUCACUAUCCACAUCAGAAUUCAGUUUUGGCAUUCAUACAUACUGUGCACUCUGAAAGUAAUCAGACCUGGACUUUCUCCACAUGUGUUACAUUACAGCCUUGCUCUAAAAUGUAUUUAAUAGUCCCCCCCAAUCUACACACCUCAUAAUGAAAAAGCAAAAACAGGUUUAGAAUUUCUUAAUUUAUUACAAAUAAACUAUUCACAUUUACAUAAGUAUUCAGUGUUGAAGCACCUUUGGCAGCGUUUACAACCUUGAGUCUUCUUGGUUCUGACGCUACUAGCUUGGCACACCUGUAUUUGGGGAGUUUCUCCCAUUCUUCUCUGCAGAUCCUCUCAAGCUCGAUGGGGAGUGCUGAUGCACAACCAUUUUCAGGUCUCUCUAGAGAUGUUCAAGUCCGGGCCACUCAAGGACAUUGAGACUUGUCAUGAAGCCACUCCUGCGUUGUCUUCGCUGGGUGCUUAAGGUGUUUGUCCUGUUAGAAGGUGAACCUGCUGGUCACUGACAGAGCUCCAGAGUUCCUCUGUGGAGAUGGGAAGAUCUUCCAGAACGACAACCAUCUCUGCAGCACUCCACCAAUCAGGCCUUUAUGGUAGAGUGGCCCGACAGAACCACUCAGUAAAAGGCACAACAGCCCACUUGGAGUUUGCCAAAAGGCACUUAAAGGACUCUGAUCGUGAUAAAUAUCAGAUCCUGUGGUCUGAUGAAACCAAGAAUGAAUGAAUACUUUGGCCUGAAUGCACCAUCCCUACGGUGAAGCAUAGUGGUGGCAGCAUCAUGCUGUGGGGAUGUUUUUCAGCUUUAGUCUUUGUGGUUCCAAACUUCAUUUAAGAAUGAUUGAGGCCACUGUGUUCUUGUGGACAUUCAAUGCUGCAGACAUUUUUGGUACCCUUCCACAGAUCUGUGACUUGACACAAUCCUUCCUGUCUCUGGCCUCUACGGACAAUUCCUUCGACCUCAUGCCUUGGUUUUUGCGCUGACAUGCACUGUCAACUGUGGGACCUUAUAUAGAGAGGUGUGUGCCUUUCCAAAUCAUGUCGAAUCAAUUGCAUUUACUACAGGUGGACACCAAUCAAGUUGUAGAAACAUCAAGGAUUAUUAAUGGAAACAGGAUGCACCUGUGCUCAAUUUCGAGUCUCGUAGCAAAGGGUCUGAAUAUUUGUCCUUUACUCCUUUUACUACAUUUGCAAACAUUUCUAAAAACCAGUUUUUGCUUUGUCUCAUUAUGGGGUAUUGUGUGUAGAUUGUUUUUCCUCAAUGUAUUUCAUCAAUUUGAGAAUAAGGCUGUAAAGUAACAAAAUGUGGAAAAAGUCCAGGGGUCUGAAUACUUUCCGAAUGCACUGUAGAGGUAUCCGAUUGUUACCACUGCACAUUUCAUUCACAUUACAGAUUAAGGGCUGGAUAACAUUUAAAGAGACUUGUUUUUUUGUUGUCGUCUUUGACCUAUACCCUCUCUCCAGGAAAGAUGCAAUCUGCCCCCAAAUAUUGUGCCUGAUAAGCAUGUCAUAUCUCCUUGUUUUAUUCAACAUUUGUAUCACUGAAGGCUGAUUUAGAAAUAUUAGCAGGCAUUUAACACUUGGACCAGAGUAGCGUAGUUAAUGUAUACAUAAGAUCACCCAUACUGCACCUCCUCAACCCAAUGUUUUAAGCAUUUUUCUUGUUGACAAAAAGUGCAAGAGAUUAUUUAAACGAUGUGUCUUAUGUUAACACAGCAUGAUGCCAAGAGGCUUGUCUAGUCACACAGAAUUCACUCUGUUGAAAUUGACCCUAUUUUGGUACAGCAGCAAAAUAUUUUACUAAGUCUGAAUUGUAUAACCCUCACCCUUCCAAUGUUUCAGGCUGAAGAACUACAGUAUGUACUGUGUGAACUGCCUUUAGACUGAAAUCCUGGUACAGUAUUUUUGCAUACAGUACAAGGGACCUAUUAUGUUGUACAGUAAGUAUAAUAUUUACUAUCUGUAAAGUUGUUUUUAUAUAGAUGCUGAAAUCUAUACUCGCUAUGAAAAUAAACUGUUUAGAACUUG